GGAUCCUUGGAAUCGAAAUUAAAAGUUAGAACACAUGAUUGGUAAAGAAAUCAAACACUAAAAAACCAAAGAGAAGAAAAACAAUAAUGAAAAAUACUUGGAUGCUGUAGAAUAUUUUAUUCAACCAAUUUCCCAAAUACUUUUGUGGGUGUAAAUGAAGACAAUAGAAAGAUCAGACCUUUAUGUUUGGACCGAGCCUCAUCUGGGCCGAAAAACACUAUCAGGAGGGCCAGUUAGGCCUGCCCUGCUACCAGCCCACCCCCUCAUUUGCUCCCCAAUUUUCGAACGACGACGAAGCCCUCUUCGUUACACAGCAUUUUGCAGAAGCAACAAGGUAACGACAUAAAACGGAUAAGCAAAACGGCGGCACAUUGUCACCCACCACCGCCUCUUCACUCUCUUCUUUCAACCCUCUGCUGUCUGCACCCUCUCUUAUGUAAUACUCCUUCUGUUUGGAAACGAAGGUAGCUCACUCUGCUCUGGGUAAUCUCUCUCUCUCUAGCUUCAUCUCUUCUGCUCUAAAUUCAUUUCUGUUCAUCACAAAAAAUCCAACCCAACCAACCCAUAUCUGCAAUAUCUGUGUUUAUAUUCAGUUUCUCUGCCGUAUUUCCCUUUAAGCAUGGCUUUUUGAGUAUUGGGUUGUGGGUUUUAUACACAAGUAAUAGGUGAAGUUAUGGAUUUGAUGGUACCUGUGAACCAAACCCCUGAUGGGUUUUGCUCAUUUCACAGAGUUGAUAGGGUGAGGACAAGAAAGACCGGUAAUUUUGGAGCUAGGGUCUGUGGUAAGGUUGCUCUCACCACUCCCGAUUAUCGGAGGCUCUUUGUGGGCAGCAGAGCUCGGUUUCUUGUUCUCCCCGAUGGCAUUCAGUGUAGGAUACAGGACGGUUACCAGAAACAUAUGCGAAAGCGUGUACUUGCUGUGUCGAAAGUCGAAACUUUUAGUUCCAAUGGUAGGCUGCAGAAUGUUGAGUAUACCCCACAUGGGGGUUUGAAUGGAAUGGACUCUUCCAAUGGUUUUGAGGAAUUCGAGAGUAAUAAUCAGCUUCGUAGGCUGGUUAGAAAUGGGGAAUUAGAAGAGGGGUUUAAGUUUCUAGAGAACAUGCUUUAUCAUGGUGAUAUGCCUGAUAUUAUUGCGUGUACGAGUUUAAUCAGGGGGUUUUGUAAGAGUGGAAAGACAAGGAAGGCGACGCGGAUUAUGAACAUUCUAGAAGAAUCUGGGGCUAUCCUUGAUGUUAUAACUUACAAUGUCUUGAUCAGUGGCUACUGCAAGGCUGGUGAGAUUGAUAAUGCUUUGAGGGUUUUGGACCGAAUGAGUGUUUCUCCAGAUGUUGUUACGUACAAUACAAUCUUGCGUACUUUAUGUGAUAGUGGGAAAUUGAAGCAAGCGAUGGAAGUUCUUGAUCGACAGCUGCAAAGGGAGUGUUAUCCAGAUGUGAUUACGUAUACCAUACUGAUUGAAGCAACAUGCAAGGAAAGUGGGGUUGAGCAGGCGAUGAAGCUUUUGGAUGAGAUGAGGAGCAAAGGAUGCAAGCCUGAUGUGGUCACUUAUAAUGUUCUUAUCAACGGGAUAUGCAAGGAAGGAAGGUUGGAUGAAGCAAUCAAAUUCUUGAAUGACAUGCCGUCAUCUGAUUGCCAACCAAAUGUCAUUACCCACAAUAUUGUUUUGCGUAGCAUGUGCAGCACUGGCAGGUGGAUGGAUGCUGAAAAACUAUUAGCUGAAAUGGUUCACAGAGGCUGUUCUCCGAGUGUUGUUACUUUCAAUAUUUUGAUUAACUUCUUGUGCCGGAAGGGCUUGUUGGGUAGAGCAAUUGACAUUUUGGAGAAGAUGCCUAAGCAUGGCUGUACUCCAAAUUCCUUGAGUUACAACCCAUUGCUUCACGGAUUUUGCAAGGAAAAGAAGAUGGAUAGGGCGAUUGAGUAUUUGGAUAUAAUGGUUUCUCGGGGCUGUUAUCCAGACAUUGUGACCUACAAUACUUUGCUUACAGCUUUGUGCAAAGAUGGAAAGGUUGAUAGCGCUGUUGAGAUACUUAAUCAACUAAGUAGCAAGGGUUGCUCUCCUGUUCUAAUCACAUACAAUACAGUGAUUGAUGGGCUCUCAAAGGUGGGGAAAACAGAACGUGCCUUAGAACUUUUGCAUGAGAUGCGCAAAAAGGGUUUAAAGCCUGAUGUAAUUACUUAUUCUUCUCUCGUGGGAGGGCUUAGCAGAGAAGGAAAGGUUGAUGAAGCAAUUAAGUUUGUCCAUGAUUUGGAAGAUUCGGGCGUCAAGCCCAAUGCUAUCACUUUUAACUCCAUCAUGUUGGGUCUUUGCAAGGCUAAGCAAACUGGUCGUGCAAUUGAUUUCCUCGCUUAUAUGGUAUCUAAAGGAUGUCAACCUACUGAAGUAACAUACACCAUUCUCAUUGAAGGCAUAGCUUAUGAAGGAUUAACAAAAGAGGCUUUGGAUUUAUUGAAUGAACUCUGCUAUAGAGGGGUUGUGAAGAAAAGCUCUGCUGAACAGGUGGCAGUCAAGAUGUAGAUGUACGCAGUUCAACUUUUACUCUCGGAUGGUAGGUCAUUGUUUAAUUAUGCCUUUGGAUUUCGUCGGCCUCAUUUCCCAUGAUAAUGAUUUUCAUGGUGUUCAAACAUAUUAAUUCACUCGUUUUCUUUGUCUUGAGGAUCGAAAUCCAAAAUCAAUUUUGUUAGAUAUCCAUGUAAGUCCUCAGUUUGUUUGAUCUGAUUCUUGUGCUUCCGAUGAAUCCAUGCUUGUCUGUCAAGUAGUUUCCACUAUCUAAAAUAUUUAUACUUA